UUGGAUUGAAGAAUGACGAUGAUGGAUGGGAGUUUGGCGUGUUUGCUUGCGAGCUGUCAAAUUCCCGCCGGGACCCGCCCACCCGAUGAUUGGAUUUCCCGCUUCUACAACCUUGACCUUCUCCUGUCGACUGGCACUCAUCAAUUGAUACCACGCGUAGGUACACAGCCUGACAGACGACUUAGAACCUAUGGCCUUCUCCACAGUGAAAAUCUAAUCUUGUCCCAACCAUUCUGAGGAUGGUUGAGCAUUCGAAGCCGGUGCAGUGAAGCACGGCCUGAAAACCUUUAUCAGGUUCGGA